GUAUUAUUAUUAAUUUAUAAUAAAGUGUAAAAUGCUUCUCUUAUGUAUUUUUCUUUAAUGUUUAUCUCAAUAUCUUAUAAAAAUAGUUGCUCGAUGACAGUUGGUUCAGGUCGCAUCAAGGACAGUCGGGCAUCAUGGAUAUUCCUAGCUAUCACUGGAUGUGUUAUGGGUUAUACUGCCGGGCCAUUCGACAGUUUUGGAAUUCUCGUCGUAGUUUUCGUAGAUCAUUUCCAUGAGACAAACACUAAAAUAGGUAACAUUAACAUCACUACUUCAUCUUUACAUUUUUUCACAGAGGCAGUCAAAUCAGUUGAGCGCGCGCACGUCAGCACAAAUAACGGUAAGAUCAACAGAGCGGAUCAAUUCUAGGGUUUUCCUCUUAGAAUAUAUUAAAUCUAAUAAACUAAUUUAUCUUGUACUUCGUGCAUGACUCUCAAGCAUGUUAAUGUUAUCGUAAACGUCAAAUGACUUAGACAUACAUAGAGAAAUUGUUGAAGGGGUUUGUAGAUGCAAAUUUCGAGUGGAAUUUUUGCAGGGAUGGAUCCCGCAGCAUGAUCUGGUAGGAGGGGUGCUCUGCCAGCUCUGGUGCCGAGUUGUGUCGGUCAUGUGUGCCGCCCACCCAUCAACUUGCUUCACUACUACAAAGUCUUGCUUGACUACAGUAUUAGUGAAUUGUAAUUGUUGUUCACAGUUCGCUUAUCAUCGUGUUAUUACUCCAAUUACUCUAUCUCAUUUUGUCUCUAAUUAUUUUUUGCUUUAUCAUGAAAAAUAGCACCCCCCCCCCUGCAUCCCCUCUGGGCAGGGCUAGGGGGUGCACACCCCUCUCCGUACACCUGACUUUUGUACAUUUUUUAUAGACCUAAUCAGGAGCAGUCGCUAAAAACCGGCCCUCUGCAUGGUAGGAAUCGAACCUGUUGCCCUGCGAUUCCGGUGCAGCGCUGUAACCAACUUCGAUUCCUGCCAGAUGGCCGAAUCCUGCAUGGUUAGGUCUAAUAAAUGUGUAAAAAUUCCGGCCACUCGAAAUUUCAUCUACAAAUCAUGGCAUCACCAAUGAACUUGUGGUAGAACUCGACAACUGUACUGUCUCUCUGUAGAUCAGAGCGCUGCACCGGAAUCGCAGGGUAAGGUCUGCUCCUGGUAAGGUUUAACAAAUGUACAAAAAAAAACCACUCCAAAUUUCCAUCUGCAAAUCCCUUAUAUUUACCCAUACACGGAGAAAGUUCUUGUUUUAGCUGAUACAGCGUCAUUGGCUACUCAAAUGUCCACUAAUUUUACUCGGUUCACGCUAGACGAUUUUACUUUUGAAUUAUUCUACUCUAUAGUGAACUGAAUCAUGGAUAUUUUUUCAUUUAGGUUGGGUUGGCUCUUUGAUGGCUUCUCUUGCAUGUUAUUCAUAUCCAGUUGCUGUUUCACUUCAGCAUCGUUUUGGAUUUCGAGCAAUGGCUAUCACGUCAGCAAUUUUUGUUACCUUUAGUUACCUAACUACACCAUUAGUGCCUUCUGCGAACUAUUUAUUUUUGACAUAUUGUAUUCCACAAGGACUUGGUGUUGGGUUUAUGGACUGUCUUUCGUUGACAAUCCUCCCUGAAUUCUUUGAUAAAUAUAUUGGUUUAGCCACGGGAAUCCGGUUGGCGAGCGUGGCUACUGGAUCAAUGAUAUGCAACUAUCUUUUCCCUAUUUUAAUCGAGAGUUUGGGUUGGAAGAAUACGUUUUAUUGUUUUUCAUCGGUAGGGGCGGCAUUAUUAUUCCAUGCUUUUUCCUAUGGAACUAAACCCACAAUUCCAACAGAUCGCGAGGUUAUAUUUGCUAAGGAGUCUGACGUUAUGGCAGUAAGCGAUGUAAGUCAACCGACAACGAAACGGCCAGGGUUCCUUCAAGAUCGUGGCUUUCAGUUGAUUGUGAUAGGAUGCGUUCCAUUUUUUUUUUCAGUUGGUGUGCCAUUGAUGUUUAUGGUAUGACUAUAUAUAAUUUCAUCAAUUUUAACCGGAAAUAUUUAUGUAAAAAUAUAGAAUCAGUGCAUCUCCAAAUCUGCGCAUAAUAGGUAUUUGCGUGGUCUCCGUUCUAACGUUUAGCAGCACCUUGACUACGAUGCUAUUUGGUUAUUUCAACACCCAGAAACAUUAUCAAUGUACACACAAUCAGAGACCAGGCCCUAAGUUUAAUUAAUUCUCACUUGGGAAAAUUUUGACACCCCAAUUUUCACGCAUAACACUUGCAAUUCCAUUUAUAUUUUCAAUCCCAUUUAUAUAGAGAUCACUGUUUUCUGUAUUAGAUUAUCUCCAAGAUUACGCGCAUGCGUGAUAUAAUUUACGGUUUAGGAUGGACUAUAGUCAGUUCUCUCAAGUUGCAUCAGUUCUCUCAUCUGCACGAUGUCCGCAAAUUCAACUUACAACUACCGCCACCACAUUUAUCCAUAUGAAACUGCAGGUGAUAUGCUUGUUGCAUUGUAGAUCUUCCCAAAUUUUGGGAGAUUGGGAUUUAAUUUAUUUAAAUUUAUUAGAUUAUUUACCUAAAGCCUGAAACUAAUACUGGAUAAAGCGGCGCUCUGAGACGCAAAAAAGACAACAAGAUUUUGUUUCCAAUUUUAGGUGCAAUAUGCGAAAUCGUUAGGUUAUCCUCUAUCUCAAUGUAAAUGGCUUGCUGUUGUCCGCGCUUUGGCGUCUCUCUUUGGACGACUCACUGUGGGCUUAAUCGGAGAUUUCAUAUCUAGGCGUAAAUUAAUUACACACAUUGCCAGUAUAGUCGUCACCAUCUUUGGCUUGGCAAGUGGUUUAUGUUCCCUUACACAGCAUUUACCUUUAAUUAUUUUGUACAUGGCCGUCGUUGGUUUUUUGGAAGGAAUGUUUUGGGUAAUUCUACCUUUAAUGAUGUACGAACUGACUGGUGGAAUAAAUGCAGAUUAUGCGUUUUCUUUGGUGACCCUUCUAACUGCUACAGGAUAUCUUACUGGACCUAGUUCUAUGGGUAAGGAUCAUGCCACUCAUUAAUUGUCUUUCUCAUUUGACUCCCCUAUGUCAGUCUAACUAGUUCCAGAGCCUUCAUUUCUUCAGCCGAAAUGUAACAAAAUCAAAAACGCAUCAAUCAAAAACGCAUAUUUCAUCAUGUGCAUCUAAAAAACUGCUUAGAAUAAGGAGAACGUGUCAUAAAACGUGUCUUAAUAAUUUAGAGAACGCUUAAUACAAUGACAACUAAAUCAUGCAGUGACGUAAUUCGAGAACCGAUUGGGCCGAAACGGUAACAUAACCCCCUCCCGUGUUCCAAAGAGGGGCCAUAUUUCCUAGGAAAUUUGGCCCGGGCGAAUUGCCGGGGGGGGGGGAGAUUUCCUGUGAUAUCGACAAAUGAAGCAACAUCGAAACGGAGGUUGAGGGUUUUUAUGCAAAUUUGCGCAAUUCUGUACAAAAAUAACCUUUCGGUUUAAACAUUUCGGUUUAUAACAUUUCCUAAUUAUAGAUUCAAAACUCUACACAGAAACCCAUAAUAGGAUUGAUAAGUUUUGUUCAUGUCCUUGUCGACGUUGCAUUGAAUGAAUGAAAGCAUGAAUGAACAACUUUAUUUAACACAUGACAGCAAUAUAACUGAAAAACCUGUGACCCUCAUAUACAAUAUAUACUAUUAUUAAUUCUUCUUUAAAACGUCUAAAAGCUACUUAGAUUAUUAAGAAAAAUAUAUAAAGGAUCUCAGGAUUAAGAAUUAUUAUAAUAAUAACCUUAUUAUUCCUUCUCCUUCUCCUUCUUCUUCUUCUUCUUUUUCUUCUUCUUCUUCUCCUUCUUCUUCUUCUCCUUCUUCUUCUUCUUCUUCUUCUUCUUCUUCUUCUUCUUCUUCUUCUUCUUCUUCUUCUCCUUCUUCUCCUUCUUCUUCUUCUUCUUCUCCUUCUUCUUCUUCUUCUUCUUCUUCUUCUUCUUCUUCUUCUUCUUCUUCUUCUUCUUCUUCUUUUUCUUCUUCUUCUUCUUCUUCUUCUUCUUCUUCUUCUUCUUCUUCUUCUUCUUCUUCUCCUUCUUCUUCUUCUUCUUCUUCUUCUUCUUCUUCUUCUUUUUCUUCUUCUUCUUCUUCUUCUUCUUCUUCUUCUUCUUCUUCUUCUUAUUUGAUCUUAUUAUUAUUUAUUUUAUGUGUUUGUUAUACUGCUUCGUCAUUUCUCUCGUUUUCGAAAAAUCACUGACCUUCACUCGCAUUUAGGUUACAAGGAUUUAGAUUAUUUAGUAAAAAAUAUACAUUUUUCUGAUUAGUGUACAUGCUCUCUUAGAUUGCGGUGCCCAAACGAAGUUUGACAUCGCUUUAUAUUCGCUGCGUGAGUUUGUUAGUCUGCUAGUUUAUUAGUCGAUUAGUUUGUUCGGAAUCAUAUAAGCCUUGGUAAUUAUUCAAAAAUAGUAUUAUACGUCUGCACGCUUGUGGUAGGCUACAUUUGGUUUUACUCAAAUUUCAUCUUCUUUUCAUCUAUUUAUUAUAGGAAAGGUAUUUGACGACACAGGAGACUUUCGCAACGUUCUCUAUAUCAUUUGUGUUUGCAGUCUACUCGCUGGUGUUAUAAUGGCCCUUGGAAUUUACGUAAGGUCAAAAUGUUCUGACGAGAGUGAGCCAAGACUUAUAAAACCCAACACGUGUUUCCCCAAAAUUCUUAAGUUAAAGAGCCCCAAUAUCGGACAACAAGAAAUAAUACCAGAAUUUGAAAAGAGGCCAAUAGCACAAUACGAAACUGCAGUUUAAUAGAUUAUAUAUGUGGUCCUUGUUUAUACAUGACUUUUCAUAGUUAGUCUGAGUUCACUAAUUAUUAUAGAAACACGCAAUUAACGAGAGGUCGUAAUGAGUGGUUUGGGCCUCAUGUCCAAUCUCUUAUUUUGCCUAAUGUACGUAAAUCUUGUUUUCCAAUAAUUUGAAUACAGUUCUUAUACAUGUAUAGCGUGUAUCUCAUUUUUUUAUUCUUUCACU